AUGGGGGGCCGCGAGAACACCUCCAGCACUACUACGUGCAAGGUGGCCCCGGGACCUGUUGACCUGGAUACCGGCCAGCAGGUGGCGAAGCAUCUCCAAUGUGAUCCCGACAGGCUUGAUGAGUUCUACAUUGCGGGCGGAGAGUUUGGAAGCAGUGCGAGGCAGGAUCGGGUGAGGCGACAUGUGGGUUACUCGUCGCUGAACUUCUUUGCUUCGAUUGCUGCAGUAGUUCCUAGCAUGCAGGGUCACUUUGACUGGAAGCAUGCCACCAGAAUUGGAGAAGCGAGUAAUCCUGGUCCUUCGGGUGGAGGGUCGCGUGCAACAGCCCGCCGUAGGGCUGAGAUGGAAGUAGAUGAUGGAGGAGAUGGCGGCUUCGGCGGCCUUGCUGGCCUACUUAGGCCCAUGCUGGAGACUUUGAUUCGUGAACUACUUCAGGAGCUUCUUGCUGAGGGGGGGCUCAAGGGCAUGAUUGCUGAUAUGCUGGGUGGCCGGGUUCCAGCCACUUCAUCGCGGGCUCCUUCGGCGGCACACUCUGCGGGUGAGGUCGUGCCGGAAGAGGGGGCUAACAAGAAGGGGCGCUGGGACAAACGUCGCGGCGAUGAUGAUGACGAGCAGCCCAAGGGCAAGGGCAAAGGCAAGAACAACAGCGGCGAGCAGGCCAAGGGCAAGGGCAAGAACGACCUGGCCAAGGGCAAUGGCAAGGACAAUGGCGGCGAUCAGGCCGGCAAGGGCAAGAGCAGCCAUGGCGACCUGUCUAAGGGCAAGGGCAAGCACAAUGGUGGCGAGCAGGCGGGCAAGGGUCUUGGUUCCAGACCGGAUGCUGCCGAUGGUGCUGAGUGGACGGUGGUCGGGCCCGCCAAGAAGCAGGCCGAGUGGCAGCUCCGAGGUUCUGAUUGGACUGAGGCUGUCAUGACUUAUGAUGCGCUUGUGGCUGCCUUUGGCAGCGAUAGCAAUGAUGCUGUGAAGGGCGUGGUGCUCGCAUCGGACGAGGAGUUCGACACCCUUAAGACUUUGCUGCGUGGAUCGUCUAAGGCACAUGGCGUGCUGCUGGUGCAUCAGAAUAAGGAUGCCUCCCAACGGUGUCCCGGCGUGACGGGCAGCAAGCUGAGCAUCAGGACGGUGGACUUCCACAGGUCCUACACCCCAGGCUUGGUCGCGCCUCAGCCUAGGGCUGCGGCGGCGGCACAGAAGUUGGAACCGAAGCAGAGCUCUGUGGUCUAUGCCAGGUUCCUCCAGAAGUUCAUGCCAGCCGAUAAAUGGAAGGAGAUUGUGAAGCAGCCGCAGCGGGCCUUUCAUGGGUUCCUGGCUCAGCAUCGUCUUCGUGCUUUGGAUAGCUGGGGCUGGCAGAUUGAGCAGGUGCAGGCCACUCCUUACCAAAAGGUCUUUGGCUGCGGGCGGCUGCUCAACACUGACGUGGAGACCCUCUUGAGCCUGAGUGGGAAAAAUGGUCUCUUCUUCGACGUGGCCCGUGGGUUUCCCUUGGGUCCGGUGCAAACGGAGUGGCAUAGCCAACAGGAGAGCGAAAAUGCCACCGAUUUCCUCAACCGGCUCCUCACGAUUCCUUCCGACUUCGGGCUUAUCGCGGGUGCUAAGCAGAUUGGCAAGCGGCUCCGGCGGGACCCCAACCAGCCGGUCCAGAGGCACUGGGUUAUCGAUGGUGUUCCUCGGGAUGUUAGUCCAGAUGAUCUUCGCACGGUGCUUCAGGCAGGUCACUUUGAGGAUGUGGAGAUGACGUUGCAGCGCAGGCACGGCAACUUGAUGGCAUAUCAUUUUCGUGCUAAAACUUUGCUGACGGCGGACAGCCUUGCUGUGCCGCUUCUCCCUACACAGACCAUUGCGACUUCUGGUGCUUGGCGGUUGGAGGCUCCGCGCUCAAAAUGGUCUACCGAGCGGGUGGCAGUGGAGCUGGAUGAUGAGGACGUGGAUGCGUCUGCGGGUGCCCUUGUCAUCAACACAAGGGAGGGUGAGGUGACGGCGGCCGGGAACGAGAAUGCGGAGAAGAAGGAUGCUGGGAAGCGGGGCGGCGCGGCGACCGGGUCGGCUGCGAAGCGAGCUGCUGGGGUGCAGCGUGCUCUCCCCGAGGGGGCCAAGGUCACCAAGAUCGAGAAGGACGGCAACUGCCUUUUCAGUGGCCUUGCAAAGGACAUCAACAACUUGAAGCCUUCCGGGCACCAGCUCACUGGAGCAGAAGUCCGGGCGAAGAUUGCGGUGCAUCUUCGCCGCAACGAGGAUAAGUACGCUCAGGAGUGGGACAAAGAAAUGCCCAAUAGGUCCAAGGCCGAGAAUUGGGAAGCCUACGUGAGUGCGAUUGAGGUUGAUCAAACUUGGGGAGGACUCCCAGAGAUCCGUGCAGCGAGUCGCAUAUGGGACGUGAGAGUUAUCAUUUUCCCCACGUCCCAACACAUUGAGCCCUUUCAUGUCCAUGGGCAGGCUCGCAAAAGGGUGCUGUCGCUGCUUUUUACAGGCAGCCACUUUGACCUCAUCGAGGGUGACAAUGGUUCUCUCCCGAGGGCCCUGCUGAACAUUAAAGCCCCACCGCCUGCUGUCCCGAUGCGGGGCGGGGGCCGGGCCUCUGAUGAUGGAGCUUCGGUGUGGACCAGAUCGUCGGUGCGUUCCCGCUUGUCUUCCUCAUGGGCGGCUUCAGUGUGGACUACUGCGUCGGGCGAUGGCAAGGCCGAGGGCAGCCAGGGCCCGCAUGACGAUCGGAGUCGCGAGUCGGAGGGUGCAUGCACGCCAGGGUCGGUCUGGACUCAGGCGACGGCUGCUGGCGCAAAGCGGCGCUGUGCUUCAUCGGCUUCGGCUUCUGAUGGUGGCGGCGGUGGCCCGGCGCGGAUCCCUGAGGAUGCGGCUUCUGGCACUGUGGCGCGGCUUGGCGGGCGGACCCCUUCCUUGGUGGCGGAGAUCCCCGAGGAGCCGAGGACGUUCCUGUGGAGGCAUCCUGGGCUGCAGGCUGAUGGUAGCUUCAAACUGGGUUGUGAGCUUUGUGCGAAGAUCUUCCAUGGGAAAGACUCCACCCAACUGGCCAAGAGGCGAUACAGGCACUACCAGUCGUGGCACCCGGAUGCCGAGCGGAACUUUGGCCGCUACCCUUCUUCGGUUGUCGAGCUUCGGCCUCUUCCCAAGGACACCCAGGUGGAUUGGAGAUGCCCUUGCUGCCGGUAUGCGGUUCCCCGUGGCGAGCUGCAAAAGGCCUCGAGCUGGGCAUGCAUGAAGGCGAGGGAGGCACAUCGACUUAAGGCGCAUCCGGCGCUCUCGAGGUCGGCCUAUGCUGCCUGUGCUCGUAACGUGCGCAAGGAUUCCAAGGCCAUGAAGCUCCGUGUCUUGUACCUGAAUCAGGGACUGGCCAAGCGGCAGGCUAAAGGGAGCUCCUCUUCGGCAGCCGAUGCCCUGGCUGGCUUUGAGAGCUUCACGUGGCCGGUGCGGCGCAGUGAUAAAAAACGGCCACCCAAGUUGAUGCUGCGGGCCGCCUGGCGGUGCCGAGAGUGCCGUCGUUGCUACCUUCACCUUCGUGACCUUCGCUCCCAUCGAUGUGAUUACUACGGGCACGGAAACAAGGCUCGGGUGAAGGCGCUGCGGAAGCUGCGUCGAGAGGCCCCGAAGAUGCACCAUGGCAUUGCCGAGGACCUCCUCAAGCGGACCUUUGACAAUGCAUUGCGGAUGUUGCAAGGCGAGGACCAGGUCCACUGGCUUGGGGACUUGUUCUUUGAUACCGAAUUCCCGAUUGAUGUGCUUGCGGUUCAGGAGCUCAACCUGGAUUCACUCUCGGCAGCCUCCUUCGUGGCCAUCCUGAAAGAUCGGGGAGUGCAUGUUUUUCUCAGUGCGGAGGACAACGGUGUGUAUAGAUGUGCCGUGCUUUCCACACAUCCUGGUGUGGCGGUCGGCGUGCACAGUGGCCGACUUGCUGCAGCUUGUUUUGAGUUCCUGUGCAAUGGGAGCUUCAUCAAGGUGGCGUUUGCUUCUUACUACGGAGUGGUGUGGAAUGCGGAUGUGGCGAUGCAAGGUGCCCUGGAUGCGGUUGCGGAGCUCCGGGCGACGCGGGUGGCUUGGGUGCUUCUCGGCGACUACAACUUGGAGCCCUCCUUGGAGCCUCUGGCUUCGCACCUGGCUCGGGGCUUUGCGGUGCCGUGGGACCGGGACUUCGAGUCGCUGGAGCAGCUGCCGGGCACGCGAGAGUCCGGCCGUCGGCUGGAUUUCGCCUUGGGCUGUGGCAUUUUGGUGCCGUCAGGCCUGCGGCAGCGCUGGACUUUCAACUCGGAUCAUGCUCAGGUGUGUUAUGAGGUGGACCUGACUUCGCCGAGUGGAUGCUGUGGCCCUACCUUCUGCGACUUGUCCAAGGAGGCGAUCACUGAGGCUGCUUGGGCCUCUUCCGCCGCUUCCUCGAGGAUCUUCUUCGAGUUCCUGGUUCCUCGGGGCGCCGCCGCUCUUCGCUGUGGCGGCCGUGUGCUAGACUUCACCCUCGCAGCAAGGCAGCUAGCUCAUGACCCUGGGCAUGCACGUCUUCGUGAUAAGGCGGCCAAGUUACUUGAUGACCUCCUGGAUGGGUGCCCCUGGCUUGCCGAGGUUCCCUACUUCCAGAUGGAGCAGUGGGCCGACUUUGUGGCUGAGCAUCUGGUGCAGAUGGAGGCUGCUCAGAAAGAGGCUGCCUUGGCUGCAUGGCGUGUUAGCAUGGAGGAGUCGGAGGGCAAGGUCAUUUCUUGGAUCCGGCGCCGUGAGAAACUGAAGGUGGAGCUUGAUCGCCCUCGUGUGCCAUCGGGCGAUGUGUAUGUCUCUAAGGCGGUCCAUCCUGUUCGGGUGAUUGCGGAGGCGGAGGACAGCUGGAUGCGCCUUUGGGGCCGGAGCACGGUGACGGGUCGGGUACCGGAUCUUCUUCGGCCUCUCCCUACUCUUCCUGAGGCUGCUUGGCACCCUUCCUUUACGGCGGAGGCGCUCUACAAGGCGGGCAAGCAGAUGGCGACGAAGGCGGCGGGCCCGGAUGGGUGGACGACCGGGCAAUGGUGUCUCCUCCCUAUGUCGUUCUGGGAGGCUUUGGCAGCUUUGUGGACCAAGGUGCUGGACACGGGCGUUGCGCCCGAAGUUUGGAGGCGGGGCAGAGUCGUACUGAUUCCCAAGCCCACUUCGGGUCAUAGACCGCUUACGGUGCUGUCGUGUGCAUGGCGUGUGGGGGCAAAGCUAUUGGUGGGCCAGCUUGCCGAUUGGCUGGACACGUGGGCUUCCCAUCGAGUUCUUGGUGGAGUUCACAGCCGCGGUGUUCGGGACAGCUUCCUUCGCAUCAUGGACUCACUCGACAACGACUUGCAGGCCUCCUUGGAGAAGUUGGGCGCGCCGCAGGUCUUGUGUCGCUUGCUUCGGGACUUUUACGGCGGGCACUCUCGUGUUUUUACCCACAAUGGCACUACCGGCGCUGCAUGGCACAAGGUCCUUUGCGGAAUUCCUCAGGGCUGCCCGCUCUCGCCGCUUUUGGCUGGGGUGGUCAUGGCACUUUGGUCCCAGCACGUGGAGGUUGGUGGUGCCGGCGCGGUGCAGACGGUCUCCUUUGUGGAUGAUCGGUUGUUUUGGUCUUCGGCUCCUGCGACGUUGGCGGCGGCGAAGCUGCGGAGUUCGGCUUUCGACUCGGCCUAUGGCUUCAGUUGUGAUGUUUCCAAGAGCAAGUUCGUCCACCGGGCCUCCGAUGCCGAGGUGCGGGCUUUGGCGGCCGACUUGGGCUACGACGAGGCGGACUGCUUGACGAUCCUUGGCUUGGUCAUCCCAUUGGACCGUGCUGAGGUGCCGAUGCUUAAGGGUUUUGACCUGGAGAAGGUGCGGAGGAGGCUGCGUCUCAUUGCUGUGGCGGUGCGGAGCCUCGCUACCAAGUGCCGUUUCAUGAACAUGCUUGUUUUGCCGAUGCUGACUUGGGCUGGUGGCUACGCGUCGGUCCCGCAGGACACCAUGGAGGCGCUGAUGGCGGACUUUAGGUGGUUGUUGCACAAGGACCUGGCCGCCGACUCACCGCCGGUGCUGUGCUACGAGCUUGCGGGCUGGGAGGUGCAUCCUGGCUAUGCUCGUGAUCUUGCUGCUCUUCGGGGUGCUGCUGGACUCCACUGCCGAGUUCCUGUCUGGUUGGAGGAGGCUUCGGUGCGACUGGCUGGGCAGCGCUGGCCGGCCAUGCUGCCGGUGACUCGCGAAGUUCUGGCGAACCUUGGGUGGUGGUGCGAUGCGCGGGGUUCCUUCAUCCUUCGGCGCGACUCCUAUGGCCAGGUGCGCUCCUUCGAGGUUGGUGUGGACUCCUUCGAGACGGUGGCUGAGUGGCUUCGGGACGCUUACCGGCGACGUGGCUUGGCAAACUGUGGCCGUGUGGUGAAGGCGCUGCACAGAGAGGAGGAGCCCGACUUGGCCCAGGAUUUGGCACUGCCGGGUCCCCCGAAGGACUACUUGGCGGUCUUCGCUGGUCACCGUUGGGCUUGGCGCAGCUCGUCUGACACUUUGGAGCGGCGGUCGGCGAUGGUCACUGGCUGCUCUGCUUGGUUCAAGCAUAAGAAGCUGAUGCAUCAUGCACGUGAUGGGGCAGGCCCGCCCGAUUGUCUCUGCUCCAAGCGGCUCCCCUCGAGGCCGCACCUGUUGUGGAACUGCCCGGCGACUCGUGACCUGGUGGCGGACGUGAGCCCUCCGGUCAACAGAUUACAGGAGAGACUGCUGGCGUGUGAAGUUCCUGAGGUGCCGGGACCUCCUCUGGCUCUUGACCUCGAGGACUACAUCGACGACAUCGCGGAGGCUUUGGAUGCUAGGCUGGCACUGGGCUCCCCGAUUUAUGUGGCGACGGACGGCUCCGUCGUCGACUUGGUGGCGGCGUGGGCAAUUGCCCUGGACGGCGAGGUGAACUUCGCCCAACCGGUGGCCGGGGAGGACCAGAGCUCUCAUCGUGCUGAGGUGGACGGCCUGAUCUUCGUGGCCAAGGCCUUGGGCAGGUGCAGUGCCGAGGGCGAAGUGCAUGUGAUUGCCGACUGCCAGUCGGCUCUUACGACGGUGACGGGAGGUGGCGCUUUGCCUCUCUUGAGUUCCAGAGCUGUUGCUGCUUUUCGGGAUGUGCCUCGAAGAAUCAAGGUGAAGCGAUGGUGGGUCCCUUCCCACGGCAAGAUGGCACCGGCUGCUUGGCAACCGCCUCCUUGUGGCGAGAUGGUGGCGCGGGCUUUGAAUUUCAAGGCUGACCAGGCGGCGAGGGCGAAGGCACAGCAUCUGGCGACAGGCAGCCUCCGUCAACGUUGUGUGCAGGCGCGAGCUGCCGCUCUGGAGUGGGAACAGAAGGCGCACCGAGCACUUCGCUCGGUUGCGCGACGAUGGGCUGCGGCCUAG